GUCAACACACCAGGUGCCGCUAGGGGGCGCGGGCGCUGGCGCUGACUUUCCUCUUUCACCGUCAGCCGAAGAAGCCAACAUGGCAGCCACUCUGAAGGGACCUGUAGCGGUUGAAGAUGUGUCUGUUACCUUCGAAGACCAGCAGAAGAUCAACAAAUUUGCCAGAAACACGAAUCGGAUGACGGAGCUGAAAAAUGAGAUAGAAGCAAAGAAGAAAUCGCUGCAGAACAUUCAGGAUGCCAGCGACGACCUGAUGAUGUUAGACGACGACUCUCUUCUGAUCCCUUAUCAAAUCGGAGACGUCUUCAUCAACCACAGUCAGGAGGAAGCGCAGGAGAUGCUGGAAGCUACAAAGGAAACACUGGAGCAGGAGGUCAAAGGCCUUGAAGAGCGAGUUUUGGCGAUACAGCAGGUGUUGGGCGAUCUGAAGGUGCAGCUCUACGCCAAGUUUGGUAACAACAUCAACUUGGAGGCAGAUGAAAGCUGAGCUGUGAAACGGACUUUGACGCCUGCUCCAACACGGACAUUCACGUGCAUCAGCUCCAACAGGGGCUCGAUCCGACGAAACAAACAUCGGAAUGGAUGGAUUCGGUUUAAAACUCACAAAGGAUGUGGCCGACUUUAGUUUUGGAAUGAAAUUCACAAAGGCAACAGUAAACACAUGAAUAAAUGCACAUAAUCUGUAAGUGGUCCCGUAUUUGAUGCUUUUUUUUUUAAUGAUUUUACUGUGGUGGUCUGACUGAAGUAAAGAAGAGAAGAAAAAAGA